ACAGUGCAGUUUCCAGCCAGGAGAAUGAUGUGGCUCCCACUUCUGCUGCUUCUGUUGCAGUGCUCAGGCACCUCUGGGCAGCGCUCGCUGCUGAAUGACUUCCAGGUACUCCGGGGUACAGAAUUGGAGCACCUGCUACAUACAGUGGAAACUGGGGCUUGGCAAGAAGAUGUGGCAGACGUAGAGGAGUGUGCCAGGCGCUGCGGGCCUCUUCUGGAUUGCCGGGCCUUCCACUAUAACGUGAGUAGUCAUGGUUGCCAACUACUGCCAUGGACCCAGUACUCACCCCAAACAAGACUGCAGCGUUCCUGGCACUGUGAUCUCUUCCAGAAAAAAGACUACGUGCGGACCUGCAUCAUGGGCAAUGGAGCCCAUUAUCGGGGCACUGUGGCCACUACCUUGGCUGGUCUGCCCUGCCAACACUGGAGCCACAAAUUCCCUGUCGACCACAAAUACAUGCCCACACUCCAGAAUGGUCUGGAGGAAAACUUCUGCCGUAAUCCUGAAGGGGACCCGGGAGGUCCUUGGUGCUACACAACAGACCCUGCAGUGCGCUUUCAGAGCUGCGGCAUCAAGUCUUGCAGGGAGGCCACUUGCAUUUGGUGCAAUGGCGAGGAUUACCGUGGUGCUGUGGACCACACCAAAUCCGGACUCGAAUGUCAGCGCUGGGACCUUCAGCAUCCGCACUCGCAUCCCUUUGAGCCAAGCAAGUUCCUAGACAAAAGUCUGGAUGACAACUAUUGUCGGAAUCCAGAUGGAUCCGAAAGGCCCUGGUGCUACACCAUUGACCCACUGAAGGAGCGAGAGUUCUGCGACCUCCCUAGCUGUGGGCCUAAGGCACAGCCACACCAGGAGGCCAUAACGCUCGACUGUUUCCGCGGGAAGGGUGAAGGCUACCGGGGCACAGCCAAUACCACAGCCACAGGCAUUCCCUGCCAACGUUGGGAUGCACAGAGCCCGCAUCAGCACAGCUUUGCCCCGGAGAAAUAUGCGUGCAAGGACCUUCGGGAGAAUUUCUGCCGGAACCCUGAUGGCUCGGAGGCACCCUGGUGCUUCACGUCAAGGCCUGGCAUGCGCGUGGCCUUCUGCUACCAGAUCCGGCGUUGUGCUGAUGAUGUGAAGCCGGAAGAAUGCUACCACGGUGCGGGGGAGCAGUACCGGGGUUCUGUCAGCAAGACCCGCAAGGGCAUCCAGUGCCAGCGCUGGUCUGCAGAGACGCCUCACAAGCCACAGUUCACACCCAUCGUGGCUCCACAUGCAGAAUUAAAGGAGAACUACUGUCGGAACCCAGACAGGGACCGCCAUGGGCCCUGGUGCUACACUAUGGACCCAGGAACCGCGUUCGAUUACUGUGCUUUGCGGCGCUGCAAUGAUCACCAGCUGCCGUCCAUCUUGGAGCCACCAGACCAGGUGCUAUUUGAGGAGUGUGGAUUGAGAGUGGAUCGGCCUAACCUUUGGCGCUCCAAGCUGCGUGUGAUAGGGGGCCAGCCUGGAAACUCCCCCUGGACGGUCAGCCUGCACAACCGGCAGGGCCUACAUUUCUGCGGAGGAUCCCUUGUGAAGGAGCAGUGGGUGCUGACUGCUCGCCAAUGUUUCUCAUCCUGCCAUGUGCCUCUCCUGGGCUAUGAGGUGUGGUUGGGCAUGAUGUUCCAGAACCCACAGCCCGGGGAGCCAGACCUGCAGCGGAUCCCAGUGGCCAAGAUGGUAUGCGGACCCUCCGAAUCCCAGCUUGUCCUGCUCAAGCUGGAGAGACCUGUGACCCUGAACCAGCGUGUGGCUCUGAUCUGCCUGCCCCCUGAGCGGUAUGUGGUGCCUCCAGGGACCAAGUGUGAGAUCACAGGCUGGGGAGAAACCAAAGGCACAAGUAAUAAGGUCCUGAACGUGGCCUCGCUGAGCGUCAUCUCCAACCAGGAGUGUAAUGUCAAGCACCGAGGACGAGUACGAGAGAGCGAGAUGUGUACUGAGGGCCCGCUGGUCCCUGUGGGGGCCUGUGAGGGUGACUACGGAGGCCCGCUUGCCUGCCUUACCCAUGACUGCUGGGUCUUGGAGGGACUUAUAAUCCCCAACCGAGUGUGUGCACGGCCACGGUGGCCGGCCAUCUUCAUGCGUAUCUCCAUGUUUGUGGACUGGAUUCACAAGGUCAUACGGCUGGGCUAA